CCCUCGCUCCCUACUCUUUGUAACCACCUAAGUCCCCCCUCCCACCCAUCUCUCUCUCCUUCUCCUCCUCUUCCUCCCGAGUCCAAGCCCAUGUCGGCCUUCCACUUCCUAAGAGCUCUAUCUCAAAUAAACAAGAGCACCCCCAAGUCCUCCCUUCUUCUUCGCAGUCGUCGGAUAAGGCAAGCCGCCUAUGUUUCGAUGGCCUGCAGGGCUGGACGUAGUCGACUGUGGAGUCGCGCUUUGCUCCGCAGGCUCCAAAGGCGAUCGAGGCUACGGUAUUUGAUCAGCCAGAGAACAAGGGCUGGCAUCGCCCCUAAGAGGCUUAAGGUGGUGAGACCAAGGUCGGGGGAGCCAAGCCGAGCUGAGGCCCUCCGGAGGCUGGUUCCGGGUGGGCCUGGCAUGGAUUACUGCAGCCUGCUCGAUGAGACUGCACACUACAUACAGUGCCUUAGCUCGCAGGUGCAACUCAUGCAGAAAGUCGUGGGCUCGAUCUCUUGUGAGACUCCGCAACCAUGAUCGCAGCACCAGAUACGAAAGGAGGAGAGAAUUAAUUAUGAUAGAGCUGUGAAGGAAGAUCGAGGAGGAGCAGGUGAGAUGGGCCGGUCGGUAAGUCUCUGCGACCAGAAAGAGAGGGCAUCUUAUUUUAAUAAAGCAUGUGUUUAUUAAUAUGAUAUAUAUAUUUUGGUUGUAAAUUAGAGUGAGCUGUUGUGUUUGUUAAGGUGUUCAUGUACUUUAAAGUUGAAGGUUUUGUCCAUAAAUUCUCAAGAACAUUGUUCAAGGUAUUGACAGCUCGGUAUAUUUUGGAGUAUUGUGCAACUGGUUGCACUAAACUUGUUCUCUUUCUUAUAUUUACCAUUUACCAUUCCAGGACUAA